AUGCGCCGGGGACCUGGAAGUGGCUGGAUCCGGGGCAUGCGUGUUUCCAUGAGUGUGGCGGAGAUGGGGAGCCAGGAACCCUCCGAGCCCCCGUCGCCGGGAGACGCGACGCAGAACAGCGCCCGGCCUGCGGACCGCCACGGCCUGUUGAAACACAGCUGUGGGUUCUUGGACUUCUGGGACAUUGCGAAGCCUGAGCAGGAGACGCGACUUGCGGCCACGAAGCUGCCGGAGUAUCUGCGCGCUAGGCCGAAGAUGGAGCGGCGGGUUUGGGGCAGGGGCCGCGCACUUCCCGACAAGGAAGCGGCGGCGGGCCCGGGAUUUGGGAUGGGGGCACGUGGUCGCGAACCUGGAUGAUAAGGUGCACGGGGUGUGCAGCUUCUUGUCACCGUUCAACGCGAGGGUGCGCUUGGUUCCGCAGGGGUCUGAGAUGAAAUACGCCCUGAAGCGGCUAAUCACGGGACUCGGGGUCUGGCGAGAAACAGCCCGGCCCUGCUACA